UUCCUUUCAUUUUUUGGUAUUUUACUUAUAAAUUUGUAUGCGCAGUAGCUUGGAGUUUUGUUUGAGCCAAGAAAAAUUGGGUUUGAUUCAUUUUUCCUUCGCAACUCACUAUCAUCUAUGUGGGUUUGUUUUUUGUUUAGUAUUAAUGGAGAUUACUGGGAUCAAAAUGAGUUCUUUAUGUGUUUUUUGUUUGCAAGUUUUAAUUCUGGAGCUGUAACAAGAUUUUCAUUUAUGUUUCGGUUUGGGUUCUUGAAGAUGGCAAUGAAGAUCCUUUCUGGAAGCUGCUCUUCUGACUUUUCAUCUCUCUUUAGAGGAGCUUUCUACAUCAAUAGGACUCGACUUACUUCUCCUGAGGAAGUGUUCUUUUGCCAAGGAAUCGGUUUUUCUAGUAGUAUUUCGACCUGCUUACAAAAGCUAAAUUACGGAUAUUAACAUGUUUCUUUCCCCUUUGUGGUAUUAACAUGAUGAUGUUUUGAUGUAAGAACAGCCGAUUCUCGUGCAAAUGAAUCAUUCAACACAAGGGUAGAACCUCCAUCGCUAUUAGCAGCUAAAAGAAAAGAAGCCAAGUCUGUGUUAACCUUGUUCUUGAUGCAGCAAGGUCUGAGCAAAGCAGUUGCUGCACGAACUGUCAAUAAAUCAGAUCAUUUCAUCGACCACCUUAUCUCAAGGCUUCAUUCUUCUCAUAAAUCUUGGAAGAGAGCUCACAGCUCUUGAGAUUAGGGACACCCUUAAUCCUUAUCUUCAAUCACUCCUUGAAGAGCAUGGAAACUUUAUGGUAGAUUUAGUGAAGAACUUUCGUACCGCACCUAUCGAACAAAAGCCAGCUUUGCCAGUUUGUCGAUCCCAUUCCAGCCUUAACUCCAAGAAGCCAGAAGCAGUCUCUCAUGUAAGCGCCCCAAGUCGAGCAGCAGAUCCAUGCCCUCAACACAGCUACCUCUUAGAGCUUGGCAUGGAUCUUGAGCAGAUCAAGUUAGCUACUUGCAAAUAUCCUAGUUUUGCCAACUACAGUUCGGAGAGGAAAAUCAAACCUCUAGUAGAGUUUCUUCUUGAUCUUGGGGUAGCUAAAUCAGAGAUUCGUAAAAUUCUUGUCCAAAGGCCUCAUUUAUGUGGACAUAGUAUAUCUGGUAAAAUAAUACCCCUGAUGUUAUACUUAGAAGAUAUGGGUGUGGACAAGAAACAGUGGGCAAAAGUUAUAUUGCGCAGCCCAGGACUCCUCAGUCUCAGCAGGCAGAAGGUUCAGGCAGUUGUUAAUUUCCUUCUUGAGUUGGGCUUAUCAGGUGAUAGCAUCGGUAAGGUGUUAACUCGGUAUCCAAGAACUGUAAGUUACAGUGUGGAAGGCAAUCUCCGGCCAACAGCCAAGUACUUCAAAAGUUUGGGGGUUAAUGUUGCCAUCGUUGUCCAUAGAUUUCCCGCGAGUCUUUGGCUUCGUAUUGAGGGCAAUCUCAAGCCAGUGACCAAAUUUUUCAAUGAAAGCGGGUUCAGUGUGGAAGAUAUUGGGACCAUGGUGUCGACAUUGCGUAAUUUAUAUGCUCUUAGCUUGACAGGGAGCUUGAUACCCAAAUGGGAGUUCUUUUUGACCAUGGGUUAUUCAAAAUCUAAGCUGGUUAAGUUCCCUCAGUAUUUUAGUUACAGUUUGGAACAGAGAAUCAGACCACGUUUUGCACUUGUCAAGGAGUUAGGACUGACAAUCGGGCUGGACUGCAUGUUAGUACGAUCAGACUGUGGCUUUGAGAAAGUUUUGAAGAUGAAGAGAAAGAAUAUGCUUGCUGACGUGCUUUCAAGUCCUACAGAGAGCAAGUAAUAUGAUCGUUGGUCAGGAACUGGAUUGUAUGGCUCCUCAAUGGAGUGCUCAUUUAGAUGGAGCAGCCCAAUGGCACAGUUUUCAGGCUUGACUUUAACAAGUUUGUUGAAGGUAUCUUUGAGUGUUGUCCACAGUGUGGUCCGUCCUUUUCAUCAAUUGUUUCUCUAAUCCUUGUCUUUGCAGAAGUUUUUUCUUCUGCGUUACUCUUUCUUGCAAGUUAGUAUUCCCAGGAAGCAUGGAAGUGAAUUCUUUCAUUGUUGUUUAUAUGAGCCUCUCUUCCUUAUCAUGCAAUUUUUUUUUGUCGCAAAUUGUUUGGCUACUUCAAUGUAAAUCUAGUACUUGUUCUUUGAAGGUAAGGUUUAUAUUCUGAACAUUAAUCUGGGAAAAGGGUUCUUUGGUUGCU